UUUUUCUUAUUGAUUACUGGCGUAGAUAACAGAGUGUACGUUUAUCACGAGAUUAUUAGUGUUGAUUCAAACAACCGAGCAAAGUAAACGUGUUCGAGCGGCAUCAUGAGCGCAGCUAUACAUCCACCUCCUGGCGCCCCUGCAGGCAACAUGUAUCCCCCUCCCAAUGCUCCUGCAGGCAACAUAUAUCCCCCUCCCAAUGCUCCUGCAGGCAACAUGUAUCCCGCUCCCAACGUCUAUCACCCUCUCAACGCCCCUGCAGGCAACAUGUUCAGCAACAUGCCCGGCUAUGAGGGGAUCGGAGCAGGAGGUUUCCUGCCUCCGCCCAUGCCUGCAACGCCCGCUCCGCCCCAACCUCAGCCUGCAGCCGACAACUGGAGCAUCCCCGCUCUGUCAGAGGACGUUGCUCGAGGGGCGUUCAAGAGCUAUGUAUCCUCUCAGUGCUGCUACGGUUCAGAACCGGCGGAUAAAGGUGUCAUCACGAACAUGGAGCCGCUCAACACAUUCAGGUACCGUCUGGAGACGUUCACUGAGGCCAGGUCCACUGAAAUGGCUCAAAAACCUUACGAAGGGGAGAAGGCUGACUUCUACACCCAGACGGCCCCCCGACCCUGGGAGGUGGAGGUCAAAACCCCCAACCUCUUCACUAACCACACUGAGGAGAUCCGUGUGCCCUACACCUCUGACAUCAAGGAAUGCAGUGACUGCCAUGGCCAAGGGAAAAAGACCUGCCAAGACUGCAGUGGAAGUGGACAUAAAUCAUGCACAGAGUGUAAUGGCUCUGGGAAGAAGGAAGAUGAAAACUGCAGCAGAUGCAAUGCAACAGGAAAAAACAAGUGUUCAAAAUGCAACGGUAACGGGACAAAGGAGUGUGAAACCUGCAAAGGAAAAAAGAAAAUACUGACCUACGUCAAACUCAAAGUGGAGUGGAAAACCAACAUGGAUGAUCAUGUUGUUGUGGAGCAGAACUCUGGUCUGAAGGCUGAUAAGCUGGCUUCUGUGAACGGCAAGGAGCUGUUCAAGAACAGCCAGAACAUGGUCUACCCACUGCAAGGUUUCCCAAACCCUGCUGUUUUUGAGGCCUCUGACCGGCUGAUCAAGGAGCAUCAAUCCAAGUAUGCUCAAAACUUCAGGAUCUUGCAGCAGAGGCAGACGGUCGAGCUGAUCCCUAUCACUAAAGUGAAUUACAAGUGGAAGGAAAACAUGCAUGUCUACUACGUUUACGGAAACGAAAACAAAAUCAGCACCGAGGACUACCCAGAUACUUGCUGCUGCGUCAUCCUGUAGAUGCAUGAAAACACACCACUUGAUGCAAACUCAUGUUUUACUUCUCCUUUCUUUCUAAUAUGUUUCCACAUGAAAUGCUUUAAAACUGCCUUGUUUGGUGAAUAAGCCGUCCAGAGCUUCUAUUUUACCUCAGGUAAACAAAAAAAUGGGGGAUUCUGUUGUUUUGUGCAUGUGACACUAUGCAUCCUGAUGACAAAGUAUUAGCUGUGUUCAGCAGGUCAUUUAAUUUUUCUGAUAUAUAUAGGAAC